AUGGCACGAAAUAACUAACUCAGUAUUGUCUUCGCAGGAUCUUUGCAAAGUGCUCAUGUUCAGCAACGUGCAUAUGAGUUCAAUAACAGCUUGAUUAUUUCGGCAUCAAUGUUAAGCAAAGACAAAGAUACCUGGUGCAGUUUGAUUGGAGAUGGAGCUAUGAUUGAGGCUGUAAAGUUAGCAGAGGACAAGUCUGGGGAUAUGAUAGUACGCUUGUAUGAGAUGAAAGGCGGGAGUCCCAAGAUAUUGUUGACAGUCCCUUCAAUACCAAAACCCAAGAGGGUUUGCUUGUGCUCAGGACUUGAAGAACCAUACCAAGAACUAUCCUUCAAUACUGAGGAAUCAAUCAAACAUUUAUCCAUUCCACUUAAUCUUUCACCAUUCAAGAUUGUCAGCGUACGGAUCAGUUAUGGUUAAAACUACAGUUUGGUUCAAUAGAGUUUAAAUUAAUGGAACCUUUUGUAUUCUUUAUAUGCCUUUUUCAGUUUACUGGUUAUAAUGUUGAGAACCAUACUGUUAAAAGAUCAACAAAAUAUAUUCAUUAAAACUUUGCAUUUAAAGUAUUGUUCACUGUAUACAGUACACUAUUUAAAAAUAAAAUAGGAUUUUAUUGGUCAGUAGCCCAAAAGUUCAAGAUCACAGUUGAUUCUUUUUCAUACCAUUCUCUUAGGGUGAUAUUUGAUAUAGUAUAUUGUGUUUACAUUCACUGUUGUUAUUAUACCUUUAUAUAUACAGUAAAGUAUUUUUGUAAUGUUAGUUUUGUAUGUUGUACAAAAAUUCUUAUGUAGGAUUCUGGGGGAUCUCCUAAUACCGAUAUGAGCUGAUUGCUCAGUUGUGCCCAAAACUGCCUCGUUUUUUCAUUCAGCAGUCGUUAUUUUAUUUAGCAGUGCAAAAGUUUGAUGGAUUCUAUCACAGUUUACAUCCAGACUAUAUGUCAUUACCUUCCUCUUCAAUCAUGUUGAGCUAUUUUAUUGUUUCUCGUAUGCUCGUCACUAGGACACCACUGGGGAUAUUUGAUAUUUGUAUUUCAUGUUUUACACAUCUGUCCAAAAAUGAUGCCUACUGUCUGUCUGGUACGUCCUAGAGGAUGGGCCCAGUACAGGCUUUUCCAUUAGAUAAAUUAUUACUCUGUCUCUUUGGUUUUCUGAUGAUGAUCCCUGAAUUAAGGUGUUAAGUAAGAAUACAUCUAGGGAUGUUACCUGAGAUUUCCAAGUAUCCUUGCUUUUCAGCUUCUUCAAUAGAUUCUACAGUCUCUCUGCCUUUUCCUGAGCUCUUUCAGAGUCUUGCAUUAGAAGUGCACUAUGGUGACAUCUUUACAUCUAUUCAAGUUUACAGAUAUUUUAUGAGUGAACUUCAACAUCUCCCAAGUCUCUGUGACAUUUCCUCUUGCACCAGGAUUUUGAUGAAAUAUUCCUAAUAUUGGCAGUUUGGAGGGAUAUGUUGUGUAUCUUUAUACGUAUAUGCUUCUAAACUGUUGUAUUCUGAGCACCUCUGCAAAAGCAGUGAUAAUGUGUGAGUGUGGUGAAAGUGUUGAAUGAUGAUGAGAGUAUUUUCUUUUUGGGGAUUUUCUUUCUUUUUUUGGGUCACCCUGCCUCGGUGGGAGACGACCAACUUGUUGAAAAAAAAAAAUUCCUAAGAUGUCUUCUCCUAUUUAAAUCCUGCAUUCUGACAUUUCUGGCACUUCAUGAUCUGUCCAUCCAUUUGUUUCGCACCAUCUGUACACUGGCUUUAUCAAAUUGACUUUGGCAACUUGGAUUGACAUUCAUCCUAUGCUCCAACAGGCUGGUUGUGUCCUGGUGUUCCAAACUGUAGAACCUAGCAUCACUCUUCAACCCUAUGCCCCCUUUCUGCUUUAGUAGAGGUGUUUCCAUCUUAUUACGUCUUCCAGUUUCCAUCAUAGUACAAAUCACAUAUCAAUCAUAUUCAGUCAUACAUUCGAAGGACAUUUGUCAGACAGGUCUUGUCAAGUUCCCAGUUGUCACUUCUCUGCUUUGGUAUGCCAUUGUAUCUUCAUGGGUGAACAUUCAUUCAUACAUGGUGUUUGACAGCUUAUAAAUUACAAAUAAUCCCACGCAGAGGUUCUUAAAUUGGAGGCAGCAGGCAUAGUACUGAAGUAAAGAUGUAAUUAAUCCAUCAACCUUGGAGAACUAGUUUUUGUAAUGGUCAGUCCCUCAGCCUGGAGAGGUGUUCAGCUCCAUAGUCCGGAACAAUGUAAUGUUGAAUAAUAAGAAUGGAGUCUUAAAUACUGCCAAGGGUGAAGCGUAAGAGGUCUUGAAGACAUUGCUUAUCAUGGACCAGUAGUCCCUCUUCAGUACUCCUCAAAUUCUUACAUUCUUCUACUAGUGGUCCCUGCCUCGUGCUAUGUCAUUCAGACCUACAUGCUUUACCUUCAGCAGUAUUUAAGAUUAAUGGACUGAAUACAUGAACUGAUUGCUGAAGGGCUGAUUACCUCAAACUGUUCCUUAUCUUCUGCCAUUCUUAUCUGUAUUGGACUGAAGAAGCCACUGGCUGGCUAAAUGUUUCCUCAGUAAAGAUUUCCAAAAUUUG